UAAAUAUCAACACUAAGCGGCUGAAGCGCAGGAAAAAAUCUUGAUAUUCAACAGCAUGUUAUAGAUUGAAUAAUGGAAAAUAUUGUGCACAAAUUUGCAACGAUUAGUUUUCAGCCACAAGAGGUUGUCUUAACAGAGAAUCGCACUGCACCAAUUUCCAAGUUUUCUUGGAACCUUAAAUCAGGGGCUCCCACAAAUAUAGCCGAUGAAAUGCUGGACUCGGAAAGCCCUGAUACGGACCACUCGGAUGAGGUGGACUCGCAGCUGAGCCGCGGCGAGGAUAACGACGAAAGUGAUAGCUAUAGCAGCAGCUACCGCAAUGGUCGUCGUGGCGGAGUUGCCCGACGGCGAAUGCCCGCUCGCAUCUCUAAAGACAAUUUUAAUCGGGUGUGCAGCACUAUUAUGCGUACAGAAGUGAAGAAGAAACGUAAUGAGCUGCAAACAAAUGAACAGAUGCUGCGCAGCAUUGAGAAGAUCUACACGAACAAGCGCAUGAAGAAAUUUACGCCUACUAGUCUGGAGACUAUAUUCGAGGAGCCCAGCGAUGAAAAUGCCGCCGAUGCGGAGGACGAUAGCGAGGAAUGCGCCAUUACCAGCCAAGUGCGGGUUGUUAAAUUCGGUUCUCGCAAGUUGCGACGGGCCAUCUCCUUUAACGAUGGCCUCACAAAGAACAAGAAUCUUAUCAAAAAACGCCGCUUGAAGGUGAAGAAAACGUUUGGUAAACGUUUUGCACUUAAAAAGAUCUCAAUGACUGAAUUCCACGAUCGACUUAACAAAAGUUUGGACAGCGCCAUGUCUGAUACUGGCGACGAUGUACCAACUAGCAGCAUUACGGAUAUAAAGUCCACAGUCAGUACAUUCAUGGACGAUAUGCAACUAGCGAGACAUACGCCGACAUUUGAAUAGAUAGGGGGAGUCGUCGGACGGUCUUUAAGGAGAAGCUUUGAUGAACAGAAUGGAACAGGCUAAAAUUUAAAUACAUUAACAGAUUCAGGAAUGAUGACAAAUGAAGUAAAUUGUACGUCACCGAAGUAUAUGGCUGCCGUCAACAGUCAAGAUUAGCUCAAUAAAACAGCGGGAUCU